GUGGCCGCCGCACAGUCAGGUUGAUGGAGAGAAGAGGAGAGCGACGUGGUGGAGAUGUAACAAACAACGGAAACAACUAUUUUAAUGUUCUUAGUUUCCCUCCAUCGUACACUUGACUUUUCUCUACUUUGUUUACUUUUCUUUCUUAUUUCACGGCGGUUUUGCCGCUUUACGGUCAGAGUCGUGUAUCCUUGGCAACGCGAACAACUGUCCUGCGAAGUUUGGAUCAAGUGUUCCACCUUCAGCCGGAAAACAAACUGGAUAUUUACCCGCUAAACUAACGGAACAGACUCCGGGCUGCAUGAGAGCGUUUGUGGAAGUGUUUCUAACAGUUUUAUUCAUAUUUAACGCUUUCCACUGGAAACCUACUGUUUAGGGAAACGGGGCAGCGCGAGACAAUAGUGGUGUGAGAGAGAGCUCGUGCAGGGGGGGAUCGAUGCCUCGCGGGGGCUUUGUUCUGUCCUGUGUGGUGACCCACCGCGAGCCUGCUGCGGAUAUCGACUGAUUGACCGGUGGAUUUAUGAUCGGUUGGUGACUGAUAAACGGACUCGGAACCAUGGACGUGACUCUGUCCGAGUUACUGGCCACUUUCAUGGAGUCACCGCUGGUGGUGUGGGUGCGCACCUUGGGUCCUUUGGGUUCAAGUGACGACGUAGGCUCAGAGGAGCGGGUCAACAUGUUUAUGGAGCUGGUGGACGGCGUCUUCCUGCACAAGAUCAUGACACACAUUGACCCCAGCCCAACCAAUCAAAGGCUGAACAAGAAUGUGAACAAUGAUGUGUCACUUCGUCUUCACAACCUGAACGUUCUCACCAGACACAUCAGGACGUACUACCAGGAGAGCUUACAGCAGUUGAUAGUCAUGCCUCUUCCUAACAUCCUCUGCAUCGCCAAGGAUCCGCUGUCAGCAAAGAGCAUGGAGGAGCUGAAAAGACUUUUGUUGCUGAUAUUAGGCUGUGCUGUCCAGUGUGAGCGUAAAGAGGAGAUGAUAGAGAAGAUCAAGCUGCUGGACAUUGAGACCCAAGCUGCCAUCGUCUCUCACAUUCAGGAGGUGACCCAUAACCAGCUGAAUGUUCUUGACCUGUCCUGGAUGGAGGAAGGAUCAGAGCUCCCACACGAAGAUCUGGAACCGCUGUCCCGCAACAUGGCUGCAUCGCUACAGCAACUGAUUGACCAGAGAGACAAAGCCAGUGAGGUGAUUGUUGAUCUGACCCAGGAGAGGGACUACCUGUCCAGUCAACAGCCGCAGGAGGGGUGCAGGAACCUGGGCCUGAGCAGCCCUGAGCGUGGGCAGAGUGCUGGAGGUGGGGGAGUGAAUGACGGUGGAUCGGCUGUGACGGUGUCUGGACUGACCAAAGAGGAGAAGCAGCAUCUGUCUGUGGAGCUCGCUGAUACCAAGGCUAAGCUCCGCAGAUACAGACAGGAACUAGAAGAGAAGACAGAGCAGCUGAUGGAUUCUAAACAUGAAGUAGAGCGACUGGAUCAGGAGUUACAGAAACAGAAACAAGAGAACCAGUCGCUAUCUUGUGAGGCUCGUUCAGUCAGAGUGUACCGGGACGAGGUGGACUCACUGAGGGAAAAAGCAGCGCGGGUCGACCGACUGGAGACUGAACUGACCAGAUGCAAAGAAAAACUCAAUGAUGUUCACUUCUACAAGACCAGAGUGGAGGAGCUUCGUGAGGACAACCUGACUCUCAUGGAGACAAAGGUGCUGUUAGAAGAGCAGCUCUCAGCCUCCAGGGGGCGUUGUGAUAAACUACACACGUUGGAGAAAGACAACUUAUUACUUCGAGCUAAAAUACACGACCUGGAAAUGGAGAGGGACAAUGAGCGUCGGAGGUUGGAAGAGCUGGUGGAAGAGAACAUGCUGCUGGAGAUUGGACAGAAACAGAGUAUGAACGAGUCAGCUCAUCUGGGCUGGGAGCUGGAACAGCUGACCAAGAACCAUGACAACACUAACACAGAGACUCGUAAGUCGUUAGUCCAUGAGCUGAACGAGUGUGUUUCCAGUCGGGUGUUGAAGCUGGAAAAGGAGAACCGGGAGCUUCAGGCCUCUAUAGAAAGACUGAAAGAGGAGAACCACCUCAUGCAGGAGCAGCAGCUCCACACCCAGGAGCUGGACAGGGAGAACCAAAGCCUCAGCAAGAAGUUGGACCGGCUCCAGGGUUUAUUGGACCAGGAGAGACUGACCAAUCAGGACAUGGAGUCGCUGGGAGAAGAAAUAUUGAAGGAAAAGCAGAGUCUGGAGAGAGAACUGCACACUCUUAAGGCUGAGAAAGACCGACAGAUCUCAGAGCUGGAGAGUGAGAAGCAGCACCUCUCUGAUGCUGUGGCGUCCCUACAAGAGCGCGCUCAGUCAAACAGCGAGGCAAGGGUCCGUGAGGUGGAAACAGAGAACCGUCUGCUGCACCAGAACAUCACUGACACCAGCUCCCGAUUGGCCAGCUUAGAGACACAACUCAAACUAGCCAGUGAGGAUGCAGAGAGGCUGAGGGAAAGGGCAGGGCGGUGUGAAGAGGUGGAGCGAGAGGUGGCGAGGCUGGAGAGGAGCAGGGAUGCUCUGAACAGAGAGGUGGCUUCUCUGCGUGCAUGCAGCGAGCGGUCAGAGACUCUAGAAAAGCAGGUGUCCUCCCUGGAGCAGGAGGUGCACAGGCUGAAACGGGAGGCAGAGGAGGCCCAGCGGGAGCAGCAGCGACUGGAAAAGUAUGAGGCAGAAAACAGCCUAAUGUCAAAGGAGAACCUGGACCUGCGCUGCUCCCUGGAAAACCUGCGCUCCUCAUCCGCCCGCCUGGCCACCCUCCAGGAGGAGCACAAAGAGGCACAGAGAGAGACACAGGAUCUGCAGAGGAUGCUGGAAGAGGCCAGGGAGGAGGCACAAGGAGAGAGGAAGAAGGUAGAGAGGCUGGAGCUGAACCUGGCAGCUUUGAACCAGGAGAAACAUCGCUUAGAGGAGGAAAUACAGAAGAGCAAAGAGGAGAGGGAGGAGGAAGAGAGACAGAAGCAGGAGACUCAGGCCAGAGAGGAGGAGCUGAGAAGAGAAGUGGAAGAACUGAAGGAGGAGCGGAAAAGGAGAGAGGAAGUUGAGGAGGAGAGGAGGAAGCUCCAGCUGGACUUGGAGCAGUCAGAGAAGGGUAGGAAACACCUGGAGAAGGAGAGCUGGAGGAUCAGAACCCAGCUCGAGGGUAAAGAGACAGAAUUGGAGGAGAAAGCCAGGCGAUUGGCUACAAAGCAGAAAGAGGGCGUGGCUCUGAGUAAGGAAGUUGAUAGACUGAAGGAAGUGUCAGUCAAAGCCAAGGAGUUGGAGAGGGAGAACAAGGAGCUGCAGAAACAGGCAACGAUUGACAAGAGGACUCUGGCCACUCUGAGAGAGGAGCUGGUGUCAGAGAAGCUGAGUGUUCAGCAGCAGAGUGUUGAGUUAGAGAGACUCAAUGAAGAACUGGAGAAGAUCGGACUGAACAGAGAAAAACUACUACAGCAAGAACACACACUGGAGGACAGCAGGUACAGGCUGCUGGAGUCUCGGCUUGAGGAAACUGUCCAACAGACAAUGAAGAUUAAAGAGGAGAAAAUCUCCUGUCUAGAAAAGAAACUCGAGGAGAGCAAGACACUCAACACUAAACUACGUGCUGAGCUAGCCACUGGGGAAGAAAACCACAACUCCCAGCAUCACUCAGGAAGUGACAGGGGUCAAGGGUCAGCUACUGCUGAGCUUCUACGAAUGAAAGAUCAUCUCAUUGACGUGGAAAAGAAUAAUGCCUCCCUGCAGACAGAGAGCAGUCUGUUGAAGGGGCAGCUCAAACAGCUGGAGAACCAGAACUCAUCUCUUAACAACCAGAUGCUGGCAUUGCAGCGACACGUCACCACUCUGCAGGAACAGAAUUCAGGCUUGCACACACAAACAGCAAAAAUACAGGUGGAGAACUCCACGCUGUCUUCCCAAAGUGCAUCUCUCAUGGCCCAGAAUGCCGUGCUGCAGGGCCAAGUCACCGCUUUGGAGUCGGAGGUAGAGUCGUGGCAGAGGCAGCGCGAGGAGGCAUGGCGGGGCAGAGAAAGCGUGCUCAGUGACCAUGAACGCCUGCUGAGCGUUCAUGAGAGGCAAGCACAUGAGUACGAGCAGCUGAUCAGUCAGCACGCCGCACUGAAAGGCAAACAGAGAACGCUAGAGAGCGAACACAGGACGCUGCACAGCAAGUAUUGUAAUUUGCUGCAGCAGAAGGAGAAAUGGGAGGAGCAGGAGGGGCAUGGUCGAAAAGAGAAGGAGCAACUAAACCAGGAGAUCCAGAAGAAUCGGCUACUACAGCAAGAGAAUCUACAACUGAAAACAGAAGUGGACAGAUUAACAGAGAACCAAUCACAGCAGUCAGAGCAGAGUGAGGGGCUGCAGCAGCGCUUGAAUGAACUCAAGAGCUCAUUAAGCACGGCCCAGUUGGAACAGAGCCGAUGGAUGGCACGAUACGAUUCGCUAAUGGAGCAACACCAGGGCCUGGAUCUAACUAUGACCAAACUAGACAACCACUGCGAGCUGUUGAGUCGACUGAAAGGGAACCUGGAAGAGGAGAACCACCACCUCCUGAGUCAGAUCAACCUGCUGAGUCAGCAGAACCACACACUGCUAGAGAGGAGCAUGGAGAGCAAAGAGCUGUAUCACCAGGAGCAGAAACUCUACAUUGAUAAGCUGAACGCUCUUCGUCGUCAGAAAGAGAAACUAGAGGAGAAGAUCAUGGACCAGUACAAGUUCUAUGACCCCACACCGAAAAAGAGGAGUCAGUGGUCUGGAGCCAAAGCUUUAGCCAAACUGAUCAAACCCCGAAAGGAGAGCAGCAGGGAGAGAGGAGCGGACCGAGACAAGGAAGGAGCCAAAGACAGGGAACGAGCAAAGAGUGCCCCAGACAUCCCACUGCCUUCCCCACCUCCCCUCCUCCCCCCUGAAACCCCACCACCGCUUCCCCAGCGCACAGGAAGUGACACACAGGAUAGUGGCCUUAGCCACAGUAACCAUAACAACCACACCACCAGCACCAGCCUGGGACCCCAGAGUCCAGCCCUGACACCCGUCAGCCGAGGUAUGACUGACAGGGGCCGAGGGGUUUAUCGUAGCAGUACUCCAGGAGGCAGCAAUGAGAGUGUCAAUGGAGAGGAUGGCCAUGGACAAGGUCAGAGCCAUAAAGCUCUGAGUUCCACUCCAAUCCAUCCGUCAUCCUCUUUGGGCCUAAUUAACAACUCCAGCUCCAGAAUGGGACAAGACCCUGGCCGCAGGCAAAGAGGUCCGUUAUUUGAUGAAGACUCCCGCCACAACACCUCUGACUCUGUUUUUGGUCAACAUGGCAACACGGGAGGUCGCCCGGGGUCGGCAGACUUCAGCCACAACACUUCCAGCUCCAACUCACCUGUCAACUGCAGAGACACGUCAGAACGUCAAAUUCGCUCAGCCAGCCUCUCCAGUGAUGACGUCAUGGGUCUCAGCCAAUCACAACAGACUCUGUCACGUAGUUCCACCCUUCCAUACGACCACACACCCCAAAGAGCCCAACCACAGCGUGGAGGUGCGGUUAGGACUAAGACCCGUCCAUCUUCUCCCGGAAGUGAGAUGGUGACACUGGAAGAGUUUCUACACGAGAGCAACCUACAGUCACCGCCUAUGGUGUCCACAGGAAGCAGGGAGGACUUGAUGACCGACUAUUUUACCAGAAGUCCCGCCCCCUCAGCUCCAGCUGGCAGAGAUCAGGUGACUCCCACCAGCUAUGUCACACCAACUGUACAGUCAUCCAACCAGAGGCCGGGCCAGAGCGUCAAGCCAUCACCUCGCCAGCCUGUAGGUCAGUCCCCAGCCUCAGGUCAGCCUGUCACCCAGAGAAGCAGCCAGUCACUGAGCAGAGCUUUCAGCCUAGCCUCAGCUGAUUUGCUACGCUCCAACGGACCAGACAGUUUCCGUGGAAAUGAAGGCCAGUCAGACACAGUCGUUAGGAGACAAGGAGGAGGGGCCAGUGGGAGAGAACGGCCGCUGUCAGCUCGGCUGGCGGGUCCGACCAAUCAGCAUGGAGAUAGCAGCUUUCUAAAUCCGCCUAUUCACCAUUCGUCCUCUCUCAAUCUGCAAACGGAGAGAUACGCAGAGAGAGAAAGAGACAGAGGGAGGACUCCCGUCUCUCGGAACGGCCCCACUGCUUCCUCCUCCUACCACCACCGUGGAGAGGUCGCCAUGGUAACCCCUGUCAGGGCCGUGCCUGCCCCACGACCUGAUGAAGCCUCAGAGCAUGGGGAAGUGUUAAGGGAGGGGCGGUCAGGUGACUCCUCCCACUUAAAGAAAGAAAGUGACAGAGCGAGGUGUGGCUCUGUGGAACGCCCAAAAAGCACUCCUGCUUCCCCUGACCCCAACAACGACCCUCAGACUGUGUGGUAUGAGUACGGCUGUGUCUAAACACUGACACUAAUGAACGUCUAUGGGUGUGGCUGUGACUAAAGACGGGAAUACUGGAGCUUUACGGGCUGAGUCCAAACCCUCAGACACAAGUAAUCAGUCUCUGGACUGUGCUGUUUGUACUGUGGAUAAAUGUUAUGACUCUUGAAGUGUACGGUUAAGCUUUGCUCAUACACAACAUCAACUGGAAACAAGACUAAAUCCUGAAAAGCAAAGCCACAUUUUAAACAAAUCUUUACAUGAAAGAGUUCAGUUUGUCUUUUCGGGAACAAACUUUUUUUAGACAAGUAACCAAACCUGAUACCAUACACGUCACCUGCCAAUACAGCUGAUUAAAACAGUCUAUCAGGAAGCUUAACACAAACAAUCACAUCACAUCUUAAAUACUGGAUCUAUAGAGUUAAUUUCCUUUUGGCAUUUUUCAUCUCAAGCUGAAUCUCUCUGAAGAGGAUGGGAUAUAGAUUUGAGCUCAAUCACUGAUUGCUUUUUUUAAGGAUUUAGACAUGGACAUCACAACACUAUAGAUGGUCUCUAAGAAUGCUGGAAAUCAUUGGUCUCUGCUGUUUUAUUAUCACUGUGUUUACUGUGAUCCAGCAAAAAUCCAGAGCCCACAGGAUGUUUUUUUUUUGUUCUGGGGCAAAGGAGCCACCAAAAGAGAUUUUUUAAAAAGGUGUUGUAAUUACUCCAUGUUUUAAAAAUUAACAGUGGAUAUUUUAACCAGAUGAUGAUUCAGAUUUUUUUUAAGAGUGCUAAUUUUAACAAAUACAGAAAUGGAGAUGGGAGCUGAGAUGUCUAAAGUUCGAGAAUCCAUAACACUUAAAGCCUGCAGGAACAGAGGACAAGUGCUACAUGCAUAGUUGUUGACCGAAAUACUAAGAAUGGGCUUAGUCUAUGAGCUGGAACUCUUUGACUGCUGACCGACACGCUGUCCGGUCCUGCUAAUGUUUACCUGGAUGCUACCAACUCAGCAGAACUGUAUGCCAGGAAUUAGCCGGCACCAAGAUGAGUGAUUGAACUAAAGUGAAGGCAACCAGAAGCACCAGAGCGACUGAAUGUAUCAGAUUUCUCCCCCUUUUUUGUCCUCUUCCUUUUCCUUCAUUAUCUAGAUCAAACACUGGGAAAGACCAGUGGGAGAAAGGAAGGAAAUGAAGGAAUGUAAGCAAAGAGAGUUGAGGAAAGUGAAGGAGAAAUGAGGUAAAAAGAUAGAGGGUGAGAGUAAAUUGAGGGAUGCUGGGAUAGAGAGCGGUGGACAGAUAUAGAGAUGGACGGAGUGACGGGAGGACGCAUAGAUAAACAGGACCGAGAUGGUGGUGCUCCUCCCAGUUAAAUUACAGUCUUUCUCCCUCCAUCUUUAGAUUCUGUCCCAGCAUGCAACACUCUGACACUUUACUGGAAAUGUUGCUCGGUCUGAGCCAACACUAGUUUCACAAACACACACCCAUACGCAUUCGUACACACACAUAAUGAUAUAUACAGACACAGAGGAAUUGUCCUUGAGGGGUUGGUUGUGGCUUCGCUGACCAUUGAGCUGGACGUAAUUCACACACACAUGCACACACACACGCACCACUGGGUAAACCACUGUGUUUUGGUUGGGUGUACUGCUGCACGCUAAGUUAGCGAGACAGUUGUAAGCACUGCACAACAGAGAGGAAGAGGGAGAGAGAGAUUCAGACUGAAUCCAGACCCACUGUAAUCUGGAUGGUAGAAUAUGUAUGUCAUGAAUCAGCUUUGUUUUAUAAUGUGCGAAUGCACCAAGUGUUUGACAAUUUCCUCUGUUGGUAAAAAUGACUUUGUUCUCAUUACACAAUGGGUCCAAGUGGCUCUGGUGAAUCUCUGACUUUGGUGCACCAUGCUCACAUUUUACACCAGCAUACACACCGUUAUGUUGGUCAACACGUCAUGUAUCAUUUAUUCUACUCAUAUUCAAUAGAAAAAUGAAAAACAAUGUUAUUUCCUUAUUCAUUCAUAAAUUUUUGUUUAUCUUGUUUUUGUACUUGAAAUUUUAUGCUUAUGUCAUAAAUAGUUAAUGCAAAUACAGGCCAUGGAGCAAAUUUGAUCAUGAUCAUUAAUACAAUUGUGCAAUUCCUGAAAAAGUCUUAAAAUGUCUUAUAUUUAGUUAUAUGAAUAUUAGACCUUUAUAGUCAUGAAAUUACUUUAUACUUGCACUUACCUGUUGACACAAUAUUGAUUAACCUAACUCACUUUUAUAACCAUAUUCCUACAUAAACCUUAAAUCUGCACAGGACCACAUUUAUACUGUUCACCUUUAUACUUACCUGCAGUACUUGAAUAAGAAAGAUGAUUUGCCCAAAAAUCAGUCUUAAAUUUGGUAAGAAUUAUCUUCAAAAGGUCUUAAAAAGCAUUAAAUGUAAAUUUCUGAUACCUGUAGACACCCUGAUGUAAUGUGUUUGAUCUGUGUGAAAAGGAAGUCCUAGGCUUUUUUUGUGUCUUGUACUUCAUAAACAUGUAGCAAAUAGAAAACGGGUUAAAGUUACUGCCUACAGUCUAACUCGCUGUAUCCAUGGUGAUGUUAUACGUCCUGCUGCUAUUAACGUGACAUUUUCCAAAAUACUUUGUUGGAAGAAAAGAACACUUAUGUUGAUGUUCAAACUCUGUUCAGUACAUUAAAUCAGGUGGCACCAUCGCCCAAGUGUAUUUGCUGCAAAAUAAGGCCGCCUUACUUUUCAAGCGAUUUCACUGUCGCAAAUAUUUUUCAAGGUCGGAAUAAAAUCAUGAGAUUUACCUCAGUUGGUGCGCACUCCCGUGGUGUCAGUCAUUUGGUGUAAGGCGGUCAUAAAACUCAGUCCAAGCUGUCUUAAAUCCGCCUUUUUCUCAUCUUGAUGUUAUUACAAGUCUUUAGUCUUAGGUCGUGUAAAUACUGCAGUUCAAUGAUGUGAACAUUGUCAACAAUCCAUAGCUGUGCUCUCUACAGCACCAAACAAGAAGCAGCAAAUGGGGUCAGCAGUAAUCAUGGAGGGGACUCUGAGGAGGCGCAAGAAUGCGAACAGGUCUUGUUCUCUUGUUCUGUGGAAAAGGAGGAGAAAUGGAGUUGUUGAGUAAACAACAGUCAGUGUUAAAUCUGCGUGUAUCUGAUCCACAGCUAAGCAAUAGACUGACAGCAAGCUGAGGCGACAAAAUCCCAAAUAUUAAGUUUGUAUGCAAAUACAGUUUAAUUUAAUGGAUUAUUUUGAUGCUGAAUUUACAAGAAUACUGUCGACAUAUGAGGCCUUGUAUCUUGUGUAUCCAGAAUUAUGCGUUUUAAAGAAGCGGGCCUUCCUUUGUUAGUAUCUUAAAGGGAAAUUUGUGGACGUGUAAGAAAUGGUAAAUAUGUCAUGUUUUUUAAAGGGAGUUUAGAGUAAUAUUUCCCACCAGGUGCAGGAUGGGAAAUAAUCUCGAGGAAUCUAGUUGUAGUCUUGCAAAUAUUGACCCUGUAAAACCCACAGUCUUAGUAAAAUCCUACAAUGUGAGACUAAAAGCUCACUUUUCUUUAGCUGUCAGAGGCUGUCAGACUUUAGUGUUUUUAUAUUCUUUGCAAAGACCUGGUCACACAUAUCAGACAUAAUGGAUCAUAGUCAAUUUUUUCAUUUCCUAUUUUUGACUCAAGCAUAAAGUCGAAGUACAAAAAAAACAAGCUGUCAUGAGGGGUUUUUUUUAUUUAUUCAUUAAUGACUAACAUAACAUUGUCUUUACAUUUUCCGAUUUUGGAUUCCAUUUUGAAUAUGAAAAGAAGGAAUGAUAAACAGAUUGGUCACACAGCAGGUUGAUGUUCUCUCACUUUAGUAACAACAGUAAUCUUAUAGUGUCUGCGUUUACAUGACAGUAGAGCAAACCAAUUUAUUUUUAGUCCAACUAAAACAAGAUUUUUCAAAAACAUGUUCGUCCAACUGAAAUUGGACCAAAUCGGAUUUGUCAUAGUGGAGUAACACACCCAGAAAAUGCCACUGGGAGUCGAAUUACUCCCGCAUGUAUACAGUCAGGCAGACCCAAACUGGCCUAGGUGCUCUGUGCAUGCUCCACAGUUUUGGCCUCUGGCCUUGACCUGGAAGUCAAAUAGCAUUAAAUACAUAACAGCACAAGAAGCCAGUAACAACAUGGUGAAAUCUACAUCCAGAGCCGUGCAUUUUUGGACAGACUAAAUGUACAGAGCUGUAAAGUUGUCCACCAUGGUACCAGUUUGCCGCUAGCUAACCGUAGCUUACCAAUUGUUUGGUCUGUGAUGUAAUAGGUCAGCUGGAGAAAGGUCCAAUACUAACAAGCUGAUGGGGCGUAUCGCCACCUACCGUAGUGGAGUCGGACAUAAUUUGGUCAAUAGAUUGAUUCUCCUCCCGUGCUUGUAUACUGGGACAAGGACAGUAGUCCAGUUAAAUGGCCAAGUAGAGCUAUAACUGUAGCUCAUGGUGCCACAUUUAACCGAAAUGUGUCUGAAACACACACACACAAGGGCACACAUAAGAGAAUUGAGUUAAGACUGAGAAUCACACAUCAUCUCACACUACAUGAUCUCAGUACUGGAUUGUUUUUAUAUCUUACCACUCAUCUUCCUGUCUGAAACUUGAAACACAAAAGGAAGACGCACACAAAGUUGAGAUUUUACUGGAGACGCACGUAUGGUUUCACAUAUGGUUUCUGGUGAUGACUGUUUGGGGGAUUUUCAAAUACUUGGUGUAUUAUUGGAGGCCACUGAACAGAGGGAAGAGGAGGAUGAAGAGGUGGGAGAACUGAAUUGAAGUAUGCCUUGGAGAGAGAUGAUGAUGUUAAUAGGAGACAAAAAAUGAAUCUCAUGCUGAUUAUGCUGAUGAACUGACCUUUUGUCUGUACUGCUGUCUGUAAAUACAAACCUGUCCCUCGUGCAUUAUUAACAACUGACAGUAAAGACAUUCCUAAAAGCACUAGAAUGAUGAUGAUGAGGAGGAAGAAGAAGAUGUAACACUGGAGUUAAUGAAAAUGAAGAUUUGACUGGAAUCCAUCACUAACCUUACCGCUCACCUUCUGAACAAAAAGCACAUGUCAAUAUGCAAAGAGCUAAAUUAUUUUACCUGUAACAUUUGUACAUGAUAUUAGAUUUUAUAAACUGGGCAGAUAUGAGACUGGGGAUACUUUUUGUAAAAUUGUCUGGAGCUUCAUUUUGAAAAUGUUUGAUACCAAAAAACAAAUCCAUAUUAAUUCCUGUAAACUGGUAAAAAAAAAAAAAAAUGUGGUCCCAAGAUUUGUAGAUUUAAAAAAAUAAAUAAAUAAAUAAAAAUGCUAGUAGUGAGAAGAUGUUAGCAGAUGAAGUAACAUGAUAUGAUUCACUGUAGACUGCAGGCUGAUGCUGUCGAUGGUGCUGCAAACUGUCUGCCUGUUGUGGGGUUGGUGUGUGUUGCCUUGUUUGUGCUGCACUUAAAGCACCUCUGCAUUAUUAGUUUCCAAAGCCUCUCAGGCCAUUUGUGUGUGUGUGUGUGUGUGUGUGUGUGUGUGUGUGUGUGAGUGUAUGU